AUGGGGAAGGGCAGGGAGGCUCCUGGGAGCGCUAGCGGGCGGGCAGAGGAGCAGAGCUCUGGGCUGUGGAGAAUGGAGCCCCCUGGGGCUCGGAAGUUGUGUCCAUCGCAGGGGAGGCCCCAGGCCCGCUCCGCACAGCUAAAUGAAUGCUCCCGAGGGCCAGGCGGGGACACAGGGCUCCCUGCUCUGGCCCGCUCCGGGGACCCCGCUUUCCAGGGCAUGCAGCGGGCGCCUAAUAAAUGCUUGUCGCGGCUGACUUUGGGCGCGCCAGGGAACAGCGGCCCCUCUGUCACACGGACCGGCCGGACCUGGGGGCCAUCUCAGAACGGAAGCGCAGCGCGGGCCCGGGAGCCGGGGACAGGACGCCUGCCCCUGCCCAUCCCCCUGGGGCGCCUCGCUUUGGGCUCGCGCUUCUUCCAGCUCCGCUUGUGGCAAGAGGAAGCUUCCCGUCCACUUAGAAACUCCGGGCCGGGCGCGCCGGGCGCUCCCACCGCCACCAGCCAGCCGCCCGCCAGGCCGCUAGGUGGCCCCGGAGCGCGCGGGGCGGAGCCCGAAGCAGAAGCCCCGCCUCCUGAGCCCAAGUCCGGCCUCGGGCAUUGGCGCGCUGGAAGUAAAGCAGGCCCCUGUAACCCUCAGGAUCUCAGCCCUAUAGCAGGCCCCUGUAACCCUCAGGAUCUCAGCCCUAUAGCAGGCCCCUGUAAUCCUCAGGAUCUCAGCCCUAUAGCAGGCCCCUGUAACCCUCAGGAUCCCAGCCCCAUAGCAGGCCCCUGUAACAACCCUCAGGAUCUCAGUCCUAUAGCAGGCCCCUGUAACCCUCAGGAUCCCAGCCCUAUAGCAGGCCCCUGUAACCCUCAGGAUCUCAGCUCUAUAGCAGGCCCCUGUAACAACCCUCAGGAUCUCAGCCCUAUAGCAGGCCCCUGUAACCCUCAGGAUCUCAGCCCUAUAGCAGACCCCUGUAACCCUCAGGAUCCCAGCCCUAUAGCAGGCCCCUGUAACCCUCAGGAUCUCAGCUCUAUAGCAGGCCCCUGUAACAACCCUCAGGAUCUCAGCCCUGUAGCAGGCCCCUGUAACAACCCUCAGGAUCUCAGUUCUAUAGCAGGCCCCUGUAACCCUCAGGAUCUCAGCCCUAUAGCAGGCCCCUGUAACCCUCAGGAUCUCAGCCCUGUAGCAGGCCCCUGUAACAACCCUCAGGAUCUCAGCCCUAUAGCAGGCCCCUGUAACCCUCAGGAUCUCAGCUCUAUAGCAGGCCCCUGUAACAACCUCAGGAUCUCAGCUCUAUAG